AUGCUCCUACCAUGCCUUCUAUGUGAUCUGCAGAUGGACCGAGAACAAACGGGUCACAUCGCAGAGUUAGGCUUCCAGACAAAUUUCCAACUUCGUGAACAUCUGGUAGAGUGUCACGCUAAAUUCGUGGCUCGCGCCCUACUCGCUCCCAAUGUCACCAAGAAAACCCAUUUCUGGCUUCUCACCAAUAUUGCUUAUCAUAGUGAAAAUGUGAGAGACGAUUUUCUGUACGAUGCUUUCGCAGAGACGGCAUUGGAAUCCACAAAGCAAUCGUCAAUACCCCAAGAUGAUCGUGAUAAUGAUGAAUCUUACCUGAAUUCACAAAAACAGAAACCUUUAGAAAGCGAUGAUCCUGAAGAAGCCGAUUAUCAGCCAAUAGCAAAACGAUCUAAUGUUGUGAGGAUUUAA